CUUUACUGCAGCGCGUGAUCAGUUACUCGAACGGAAAUAAAACGUGAAAUUAUAGGUAGUGUUUAGAUCAAUGCAUUCACGCCUUAUGGGUAAGGAACAUCCGCCCCGCCCUCUCCUUUUCUCGAGGGGAGCGGGGCUCUGUUUUUCAGCUUCCUGGCCUUUGCCUUCUGCUGCUUAAACACUCGGCCUUAGGCCAGGAUGUGAGUGGGACUGUUCGUCCCCACCCUCCCGAGAACUCCAGCUCCAUAAAAAUAAAAUUUUAAUAUUUCGCGGAUUUCGCGGAAUUUCAUUAUUUUUAUCUUGCCCUGCUUGCUCGCUUUCACGCAACCAGGGCUCCCACCUCCUUCCCCUUUCUCCUCCUUUUUUUAGGAGUUAGGCACCGCGAAUUUCAACAGUCAUCUCUGGCUGCCUUCAAAAUUUUAUGUUCAAUUUAUUUCCACCGUGAAAGCGGGGAGUUUAAAAAUAAAUUUUUGAAAAUUCGCGGUUUUACCUCCCUCCCUUCCUUUUCCUUUCUCAUAGUCUCCGUUACUCGUUACAAUGGCAUCAUGUAACUGCAGCAGUCUGCGCUGCUGCUUACUUUGGUACUAUUGGCGGUCGACUAUGCUCUAGGAUUUAGGAUCCUUUUAGGCCGUCUACGAAAACUUACUUGCACUUUAAACAAGCAGUUUACGUUCGCGGUAGCUUCGGCUUUAGCGGUUUUACGAAAUAGUUUUAAAACUAAAGCUACUCUUUCUAGGGACCCCCUGCGUCCUAUGAAAACCCGCCUGAAAACACGGAGCUCCCCCGAGCAACAUGUAGCUCUAAAGGUAGCGUAGCCGCACCUAUUGCAGCUUCAUGAAUGUCGAGCGUAAGCUUUGCUUACGACAGCAUUUUUGUUUGGCCCAUGUAUUUAUGGUUCACCACAUAACUUGAACACGAGCGAAAAGUCUAAAGAGACUCAGGAUCAGAGAUUUGAAGGUCGUGUUCUGCGUGCGUGAAUGUCCUUUAUCUGAGCAGUGUUAUAAAAACUUAUAGGUAGUGUUUAGAUCAAUGCAUUCACGCCUUAUGGGUAAGGAACAUCCGCCCCGCCCUCUCCUUUUCUCGAGGGGAGCGGGGCUCUGUUUUUCAGCCCACCCUUUUUUCUCGUGAGUCGCAACUUCGUUGUCCCACCCAAAUAAUCACAGGAGUAGAAAUAAAAUGAAGUACGCCCAGUCGCAAGAUGUCACGACGUAGCUCAGUAAACUUUGAUAACGAAAAGCACGUCGAAGACCGAGUGAGAAGCUUUAGCUUUGAUUCUCAACUUUCGAACCAAACUUACGCUACCAUCGAUCGUCAAGAAAGUUUUAUUAAGUUUCACCCUUUCUCGAUUCGCUUUGCUAAUUCGGAAAGAACUUCUCCGAUCGCAGAAACAAAGCAUGUCUAUGCCGAGAACCCGAAGGAGCUGAAGCAUACGGAUCCGAUUUUCGGAUCGAAAACGACCGACCCGGACCGCUCCUUCUUGUUUCCAGAAGAAUAUCCAGAAUUCUCGGGACAGCAGCUUUUGCACGAAUUUCGGAGCAUCGAGCGACUGGGUAAGUCUUUGGACGCGGUGCUUUCGCCGCGAGAACUUGACCUGCGAAAGGCAAGUUUCUUCAAGCGCCACGUGUCGACGUGUUUCGCGCGCUACAUCAUCUGGCUCAACGUCAAGCAGGUCCAGAAUAAGUCCUCGGCGGAGAAAGCCGCGAAGUCCGAAGCCCCGGAGGACCGCGGACAGGACUACGUCUUCGCGGGUUACAUUACGUUUUGUUUCCGCGACUGGACGGAAGCACAACUGAAGCGCUUCCUUCUGUGCCAGGACUGCGUCGGGCGUUGUAUCAGCGAGUACAUUAGCGAAUACUUGUCCGGAGAUCUGUACGUCCGCACGGAGGACAAGGCCCUCUGCCCGUGCGCAAAGCUGCGGCGUCUUAACCGAUUCGCUAGCUGGGCGGAGCCGACGGAACACGCCGACGACACUCUCCGAUCGCUUUUUGAAAUUUUUGACCCGGAGCUGUUUACUAGCCCGGUUAACCUCCGUGGGAAAGAGCUCGAGUCCCUCCUGGAGCACCACCUACGCCACCAAAGGCACUUUGUCCGCAGCACCGCAUACAACUGGGACCAGCCGCUAAAAACUUCUGCGAGACCUCUUUUCUUGUGCUGUGCGGACGGUGAUCGAGACUACACCGUCUCCCCGGAAGCUUCUUUGGGUCUCGGUUUUGACAGAAAAUCCGACGGUGCGACUUGGUUCAAAAAUUGCGGCCCGCGUGACAAGCCGCGGAGCACCAACGUCGCGGACUAUCUCAGCGAGAUCUACGAGAACGAGCCAGAUACUCGCUGGCAGCGGGUGCUCUUCAACGAGCUGAAGUAUCCGUACCCGCAACAGUUCGCAAAGCCGGAGUAAUGUCGUGGAUCUCUUUUUUGGAACAGCAUCAGGCAGCUGCGCCUGCAAUAGUUCCUUCGGAGGCGGUCCGCAUCUACAAAGAAGACAAGCAGGUCAGGGAGGACAUCGCACAACAGAAGAAGGACAACGACAAGGAGUUUUUGGCGAUGGAGGCAGCUUUGAAAAAGCGCCCCACCUAUCGUCCUUCCUUCUUUGAUCACAGCAGAGUGAAGCGCCCGCGCCGUCCUUUCUUCGACUCGAUUCAAACAGACGAAAGCGAUGAGUCUGAUUUUGAAGACGAUGAGCUCCGGGAUGCGGUACCAAAAAAGGUGUAUCGGAGCAAGUGGAUCCAGCUUUCGAGGAGCCUGCUGACCUGUUACUACGAGCAGAUCCUCGACGACCACUUCCGCCCAUCAAAAAAGACCAAGAAACAAUCGGAGACGAUGUUGGUAGGUCCGGUUUUCCGCAAUACAAACGGGAGCGAGAUCUUUUUCGACCGGCAGCAGGACGACUUACAAGAAGAACGACUGUUAGUCGACGCAAUCGGCAGCGAGUUCGUCGAGCCGGCUGCUAUUAUGGACUGGUCUCAAGCACUGUCGUCUUCAGCUAGCGCUCAUGUCGUAUCCAAAAAGGCACCCCAGCAAAAACUACUGGCGCAGAAUCUUGCGGCGUUCACGCAAGAUAACCUGUCCUCGGGCGUGGGCAAUAAGAUCAGGGAUCCAGCUGACGCCGUUUAUCACAAACAGAAAACGACUUCUUCCUCUUCGUCGCUGCAGUUAUCGACUUUUGUUCCGUGCAAAGAAGUGCCGAAGGAGGCCCGUGUGGUCUCGAAUCACGGGCCAGCAGUAACUUCUUUUUCCGCGUUGCAAUCGGAUAACGCUUUUAAGCGUAAGCUGCACCUGAUGACGCAGGCGGAACAACAACAAGAUCUAGCAGUGCGCGUGACUACGGAGGAAGAAGAACUACCGGAGGGCCAGGCUCUCGAAGCCAUCAAAAAACAGGUUCUAGCGGAUCGCCCAUGGGAACAAGACCCGCCGUUGCGCCCGCAAAUUUCCGCAGCAGUUAACCAACUCUCGGAAGAUGAUGUAGCAAAUACCCUGAAAAUCCGCAACGAGUCGUUCUUGCGAAACGAAAAAUCGCAGGGGAUUUACCGGACCCAGCUGAAGAAGCGGCGCAUCCGGUUGCUCAUGCACUGUGGACUCUGUCCACUGCCUGAUAGCGUGAGCAGUUAUUCCAUGGCGUUGUGCUGCAGCUACUUCCUCAAGUUGGACGUGGCUAAACAGAGCAGAGCCACGAACUACAGCUACAUCAAGAGCCUACUCUCUAAUCACAAAGCUUUUAGCUACGAGAUGCGGGCCGAGUACUCGACCCACUUCAAAGCCCUCACCAAGGCUAAAGCCCCGCCCCAGCAGAAAACCGGCACUCGACUCUCUCACUUGAUCCUCAUCAUCCAACCUUGCCAAAAACGAGACCUACCCACGCUCGGCCGGGCGGCAACGUCGGCAGGAGUGCAUCCGAUUAGGUUUUGCAGGUUUUUGAUCGCCGUUUGGUUCGCUUUCCUCAGAUUGGACGAUGUGCCUAGCACUCGUCGUUUGGCUUCCGGCGGAUGUGUUGAAUAUUGUAUCUUCGCAUCGAAGUCAAAUCAGAGGGGGGCAAAACGCGAGGGCUUCAUGCUAGGGCGUUCAUGCCCCUAUGCGCCAAUAGUUGAGACCGACGAGGUGGACGAGAAGAAUUACUUAGAAUGCAAGUUGUGUCCAGCCUGCUGCUUGGGUGCGGAUGAAUGGUUAUACUUCAGACGCUGGCCAGUAAACCGAACAAAAGCAGCCCCUAAAGAACUGCUUAUCAUCGCCGACAACUUCAAUCAACUGGUCAACAGUGAUUAUAUCGGUGCGGUGGACGGGAUGGCGGAAGAUGACUACGGUGGACAUAGUCUAAGAAUCGGGGGUAUCCAGUCGGCACUGGAGGGCGGCAUGUCCUGGCUCGACCUCCGCCGCUUAUCCCGCCACGACAGCACCACAACCACCGAAGGGUACGCCGCGUUGUCCAGAAACUACCCCGACAGCGUAGCAAUCUUCUGGCCGCGUUUGCGGCAACUCCACUUCGGACCUACGUCCGAAUACGAUUGGACGAAGAGGCUAGCAUCAGGAAGCGAUUUUGUUCUGAAGCGCUGGCGUUACAAGAAGUCGACUUUGUUAGCAGACCGAAACCGCCCCGCCAACAAGCUUUCCGACGGUUUCUUCGAGUACAAGAGUCCCGAGUUGGUGGCGGAUGGUGAUGGGCCCAGGUUGCUUCCUGGUGAAGAAAAAUUUCUCGCAUCCGCAAUUGUCCCUCGUACCAAAUAAAUUCGAGUUUUUCACCAAGAAAAAGCGAGCGCAUGACUGCGCGGCAGCAUGCAGCUCACUUCGAAAUAAAUCAACACGCUCUGCGACUCCAAAAUGAAAAAAUCGAAAAUGGAGCGCCUCGUACAAGAAAAAAAAAAUUUCUGCUGUACGUCCUCGAAAAAUAAGCUCUGUCUUCUCCAAAAUAAAUGUCGUUCGGUGUUCUGCUACACAUAUGGAUAUCGCUCGGACCGUCUGGUGAAAAUUCUGGUGAGCAUAGAUGCGCGUCUCGUAGCUGUUGCUGCCUCUGUGUCAUUUUGUCGCCGAAACCUUUUUCACCCACAGGGCCCAACUAGUGACUCUCCCACUCGAAAUACAAGUAGGUCGCGCUUUCCUCAAAAUUCAAAAAGCAAGUAGUUUGUUUUUUUUUCCGAAAUUCUAAUAAGCCUGUCUUUGAAUUUACUACUUCUUUUCCACCAAAAAGAGGAAAAAAAUGGCUGCUGUUCCGGGUGCUGCUGACGCCGCCGUCGCGGCUAUCCAGCUGCAGAACGUCCACGCUGCGGAGCUGGGUUUCGGUACGAUGGACGCGGCGCAAGCCGCGCUUCUCACCGCCCAAGCCGCUAUUUGUACGACGAAGAUUGAUGGGCGGAAAUUUCGGUACGGAACCGAACUCAUGGCGAAUCAGCGCUUGCGCGAAGCUUUCUCCAGUUCCACGCCGCCGACCUGUCGUAUGAAUAUGAACGAGGCGGCUACUCUGUUCCGCUCGCUCCAGAUCACCGACGACCCGCAAUACCGCCAGCGCGAUGAUAUGAUCAAGGGCGCUAUCUACCCGCAGCUACCUGAUUUCACAGGAGCUUGCUUCGAGAGACCCCCCGGCGCUGCUAUCCCUGGAACAGGUUACGAGCAUCUUCUUCGACCAGAUCAAGGCUUGCACUUCCUUGCAGAGUCUGCCGGUCGUCGACGCCCUCCCGGCGGAGACCUACUACCAGCGUCGCCUCACCCUCGCGCUCACCGCCCAGCUCCGCAUCUGUUUUUUGCAAGCGAUUCAACUGGAGCGGCGCUUGAGUACCGACGAUGAUUCUAAGCCUUCUAAAAUUCGUCGCGCUACUAAUUCUACUACCACUAAGACCACGAAUACUACCACUGCCACUGGUGACAGGGUGUGUGUUAAUCAUCUUCGCGGUAAGUGCACGAAGACUAACUGCAAAGACCUCCAUAAAGCCCCAGCUAAACGCAUCAAAGCGGUCAGCCGUAACUUCCGUUUGGGUUUGACGGAGGAGCAGAUGAAAAAAUUCAUCAAAGAGUGAAACAGCAUGCGGAAGCGCAGUUGUUUUUUGUAUGAUUCUGUAGUGCGCUGGGUUUGUAUGACUGUUUUGUAAAACUAGUGUGAAACACAGCCAGAAACAAGGUCAAACGCACACCCUAGAGUCUUUUAGAAGUUAAGUUAGAACUUUUCAACGUCGCAGUUAGCUUGUGCAAAAACGUCAAUCGGUAAACGAUGCCAAAUUCGUACAAACUCUGUCGCUCUCAAGGUGAUUUUGUGAUGCCUUUUUCGUUCGGGAAAUCUUGGAAUACAAAACUCAGGCGUCUUACCGGUCAUGGACCGACUGCCUACGUUUAUGGCCGCGCGCUACCUCGCGGAACAUCCACGACCACGUAGAUAAAUUUCUGUUCAACAAAAACAAACUCGGCGCGCUUCUCGUUCGAGCUUACAACUACCGUCGCGCGGAGACUGGGAAUCGGAAACGAUACCGCCUUCAAACCGCUAAUACCAACAGGGCCCAAGGAGUGGACCCCGCUGUUUUUGUUGUAAAUUUACGCAGAGUCACUUUAGUUCCAACUAAAAUCUUACACCUUGUUUCUCUUAUCCAUUUUUAUGAAAAAGUCACACAAUUACGCCUGUAAAUCUUUUACUACUAUUGGCUCUUUGUUCCUUUUCUUAUGCAAGUCUUACAUUACAAAAAGUAACUACUAAGGCCUCCCAAACAAUAAAUUUCUUUUGCAAAACCCCCCUCACAAAUCAUGUCCGACAGAAGUUCUUCUCCCAAGUUUGCGGGGGCAUCUUCGUCUUCUUCUGCCCCGCGAAAACAGUCGCCAUCCCCGAAGCGCGCGUCGUACAAGGCUGCUCUAGUGCAAAAAGCACCCUCGCAGAGCAAGGAACUUUUCCUCCCCUUCGGAAAAGCGCAUUCGGGGGCGCCUCCUUCACCGCGGGGCCGGCCCACCACUUCGUCCUCUUCACUCUAUUUUGACCAACGCACCGCCGAGCGGACCACCGAUUAAAAAAUCUAAAACGGGUCCAGCGUCUCCGCGAGGCGUGAACGAGCUGGAGGCUCGUAUGGGCCCGCAUACCACGCUUCCGCUCGACGACCCUACGAAGGUCAAAGCGGAGAAAGUCAUGAACCGCGUUCACGGCAAAGACCUGGAACCACGUCCACCGACCCCACCGCGGAAGCGGGGGGCCAGUCCUUCUCCGGGUCGCGGAACGAAAAAAGUGGGAUUCAAAGAAGGUGCCGAGAUCAAGGAGUUUUCCGCUUCCCCAAAAACUUCUCCGUCCUUACCGACCAAGUCGUCCGCGACUAUGGAGCCACAGACUAUUCUUCAUCAUGUGGCAGCGGCUAGCGAGCCACCGCUGUCCAUUCAAGCUUCGGCGCGGGACGACCCAGACUCGACCUGCAACUUGCAGCUCGCACUGCAAGGCAAGAGUUUUCCUUCGGGUCACCGGCCGGACUGGCGCCAGGACAUUGUCGCCAUCAAACCGGAGUGGUGCGAGCACUACAGCGGCACGCAAGCGCCACCCGCUACGCACGCCUGCGAUCCGGCACCGGAGGCGAUCCAGAGUAAUCCGAUCUACGAGCUUCAGACGGCUUCUGCUAAACCUUCAAGCUCAUCUUCAGCGGAACGCGCGGAGAUGUCGCCCCAGGAUUUCCGUCGUCGGGUCAGUCUUGAUGCUACGCGUGAAUUUGGAGUUUCGCCGGAGUACGUCCAGGUCACCGGAUUCGCAGCCGAAUGGCAGAAAAUCCACGACGACGACACGCUCUUGGCAAAAAACCGAGAGAAAGCGCGGCAGAUUCUGCAUGGCCACCAGUUCUACCUGCCGGCGGAAGAGCUUUUGCGCAAGGACAUGGCGCCACAUCUGCAACGCCUGUACCAAGGAAAGAAUUUCCUCUUUUUCCAAGCGGGGGUGCGUCGCGCAUUGCAAACGGCUACUCAUCUGAAGCCGCGCGAGGCUGAGAUCUUGGACAUUCUCAGCCAACUAAUCGCGGGCUUCAAAAGUAAAGACGAGCACACUCCGCUUUCGGGCUUCUGGAACUUCCUUGCCAAUGAGAAAAUCACAGAGCAGCUGGAAGAAGCGGCGCAGACUCCAGUGGUGGACUGCCCUCACCCGCCAAAAACGCAUUGGGCUAAGCAGCGCGAAGUCGAUUUGAUGUACGAGGACGCUUGUGAAAUGGAGGCGAAAGGUUACUGGCGCCGCCAGGACUACACUCAGCUCCAAACUUCGCAAACGCCUUAUGUCGCCGCUAAGGCAUUUCCUGUUUACAAGGAAAAAGAUGCAUUCGGCGAGCCAAGUAAUCCCGCUGAGCGUCCGCGUACUUGUAUUGAUCUACGCAAAAAUAGUAAGCGUUUGAUCGCACAAGAAAAAACGCGCCUCAUCGGCGUACGCAGCACCGUGACGCUGAUCGAGAAAUGUUUUGCUUCUUGCCCUUCCUCGCCCAGCCUGUUCAAGUGGAAAGCAGAUGUUAGGGGCGACGUGGUUACUGAGAAGGAGCUUCGCGACAAUUUCGAUAAGCGCCGCCAGAUCACCGCUCAGUCCUUGCAGUUUGCGGGGAACAAAGUGGUGAACGAUUACUACUCUUUUUGCCCGGUCGGUUGGAAGCGAGACCUGAAAAGUUUUUAUUACCAGUGCGGCAUAGACACGCCCCUCAACAACUGCGCGUGGGUCCCGUUGCCUUUUCGUUUGCCGAAGGAACAGCACCAACAGGAACUACCGCAAAGCGGGGCUUCCAGUAGUUCCUCGAAGCAGUCGACUCCGGUCCCCCAUCCUGCCAAGGGCAAAGGCAAGAAAAAGGGAAAGAAACCGCCAGCAGCUAAAGAAACAGCACCGCCUACGGAGGAGGAAGAGCGUGACUACGUCUUGUUCUCCUCGGACUGUUGUUUGUUCGGGUCCUUAUCCAGCGUCAUGCAGUGUGUGGCUAUUUCAGAACUUUUCCAGCUUGUGUUCUGUUGUGGCUUGCUCAUCCUGGCGUUGUUGUUCAUCGAUGAUAUCCAUGGAAACAGCAAGCCUGCAGUUGCCGAUAGCGAUGGGCGAUUGCUUGACUUGUGGCUUGAACUGUCCGGCUGGCGGCAGAGCUUUCGCAAAAAGGAGAGCCAAAGCGUCCAGUUCUUGAUCGUUGUGCUGGGACUCGGGUACGAGCUCAACACCAAGCUGGAAGCCAUUUUGCUGGUCGUCCCGGAACAAAAAUUGGUCAAGUUGCGUGGGCUCCGUGAUCGUUUUCGGGAGGAAAUGAAAACUAAAAUCCAGCUUCGCGCAGUCCAAUCCUUUGCCGGUUUGUUUCGCCACAUGACGCAAAUGUCGAUGCGCCUCAGCUAUUUGGCGCGCGGCUUCAACUUGUGGUGUGUGGAUUCUCAAUUUCCUCGCGUGGUCCCGCGUCCGCGCAACCGGCGGGGCCUGGCGACGCAGAUUCGUUUGGCGACGAAAGUAGCUGAGCGCAUCGAGCCGAUUCCCAUCACACGAGCCCGGGUGGACCGAGAAGUAGUCCACAUCUACGUCGACGCAUCCGGCUCCGACUUUCCCCAGAUCGCGGAGCUGAUCCGUCAAGGCAAAUGCGAUGAUCUGGAGAAGUUUCAACUGCGAACUGGUGGCAUGUUUGUUGACAACAAGAAGAGCAUCGCGCUCAAAGCGCGCCUCAAGUCUGUUCCUCUAGCAUGCAAGCUUGACGGUGAAGAUCCUAGUGCCAAAGGUGCUUUCUGUAUCGCCGUAUUAGAAGUUCUCGCAGCUAGAGUUGCCGUGGAGCUUUUUCGUUCCAAAGUCCGAGGCAAACGCGUCAUCAUCCAUUGUGAUAAUUUGGGUGCUUGCUUCAACCUCGGGCGAAAUUCUUCUCGCAACCUGCUGGCGCAAAGACUGUCGCGCAGCUUUCACUUGUUGGCUCAGCGGUUAGAUUGCGACUUUUAUUUUGCUUGGCUCUGCUCGUCUCACAACAUCGCGGAUGUGCUCACGCGACCUGAAAUUGAAUGGCGCCUGCGAGCAGCUUUCCCUAAUCAUGUUUUGCAUGAGUUAACAUCAGAUCAGCUUCAAAGCCAUCAUUUGUGGGGGUUCCACCCUCAGUCCCCAAAUCUCAUCGAUGUGGAAGAACCUGAGAUCACUUUGCCGGAUUUUUCCGGAUAGUGGUCGAGUGUGAGAGGUGGAUGUUUUUGCUUGAGAUUUCUUCAUUUUUCUCUCUUUGUUCUGUAUUUUUCAUCCAUUUUUUGUUUAUUUCAUCCUCUAUUCCAGCGUUUUUCAAAAACAAAUUUAUUGUUUGGAGGCCUUUCUUACUCAAACUUACUUGCACUUUAAACAAGCAGUUUACGUUCGCGGUAGCUUCGGCUUUAGCGGUUUUGCGAAAUAGUUUUAAAACUAAAACUACUCUCUCUAGGGACCCCCUGUGUCCUAUGAAAACCCGCCUGAAAGCACGGAGCUCCCCCGAGCAGCAUGCAGCUCUAAAGGUAGCGUAGCCGCACCUAUUGCAGCUUCAUGAAUGUCGAGCGUAAGCUUUGCUUACGACAGCGUUUUUGUUUGGCCCGUGUGUUUAUGGUUCACCACAUAACUUGAACACGAGCGAAAAGUCUAAAGAGACUCAGGAUCAGAGAUUUGAAGAUCGUGCUCUGCGUGCGUGAAUGUCCUUUAUCUGAGCAGUGUUAUAAAAACUUAUAAUCGCAACAAUCAGCCUCGACCUCCACCAGCCAGCACCCGACUCACCUAAGUAGAAACGCAGAUGAGCCGUUUUGCUUUUGGCAGUGUUCAUUUGCUUGAGAGUCCCAAGCGGAAGAACGUCCAGUGUAGCAGUGAUAGUGAACUUCGUGCAAGUGAAAAACUUCCGCGCCGCACGGCCGCAGGCCCAUUUUUGCAGUGCGCGCAGCAGACUCGCCAGCCACGUGCGCACACAGAAGCGCCGACGGGCGCGCCAGGCCGGGCCUGCAAGCAGGAGGGCCGGCCGUGAGCAUUUCCGGCCCCCUAGACAGGGGCAAGGCAGUGGCGGCGCGUGGUCGAAUUGGUUAGGGCAAGGCAGUGGCGGCGGCCGCGGUGCCUGGGUUACUUACUUUGCAGGGCCGGGGGACGCCCCGCGCCGCCCUCCUCGCUGCGCCCGACCCAGCGCCGGCGGCCCGCCCGGCGUGCUCCAAGCCAGCGACCGCCGGCCGGCGGCCUCCCUUUCCUUGGCCGCCCAGGUAGCGCGGUGGGAAUCGCCGCGCGCCGAGCGGGGCCGCGGACGUUGCCCGCCCGCCGGCCCCGGCCAUGCCCGCGCGCCGGCCCCCGCCCUGGCGGCCUUCGGGCAGCUUCGGGAACGUGGAUCGGUCCGAUCCGCGCACCGUGCAGCAGGGCGGCCCGUGGAUCAAGGGCGAAGAGAAGACGAGGGCGGGCGCCUGAAUCGUCGCAGGCUGGCGCGCUUGUUGGGCGGCCGGGCCUUUUAUUUUCCUCCGCCUUGUUCGCAGGAUUUCCACCCUAACGCAAAAAAUUUCGGAAAAUCCACAUAGCGCAAAAACAAAAUCCAAAAAAAAAGCCAAAAAAAAAUUUUUGAAUUUUUUUGCUUCCCCGACGGUCUGGCCGAUGUGAGGCAUUUCCCGAGUCUGUUCCCGCCCCUGUUUGUCAGAGGAGGGCCGGGCGCAGGUGCCGCAUACUUGCCCGCUUGGGUGGUCCACAUCUCUUGGCCUCCGCUGCUGGUGAUGAGAACCCAGAGUGGCAAAUCCGUGUGGGGUUGCGCCUUCUUCUGUCGGGGAGCAGAGGCGCCCUCGUGGCGCAUUGCCGCCGCAGAAGAUUUCUCUUUGGGUUUGGCCAGGAAAAAUCGCAGAAAAAAUUUGAAAAAAAUCCGGGAAAAAUCAAGAGGCGCGCAAAAAAAAUUUGAAAAAAAUUCUAGAAAGUGGCCAAUUUGCAAAAACCAAUGGGAUUUUGCUAAUGUGGCCGAUUUUCCGAAAUUUUUUUUGGCCAUUUUUCGCACCUCUUGAAAUUUUAUCCGGCCAAAUUCAAACUUUUUUUGGGCAAAUCGAAACUUUUUUGAAAUUUUUCUUGGCCACACGCAAAGGAAGUUCUUCACUUCAAUUCGAACGCAUCCGAGCGCCCGCGUUGUCGAGCAGCCACGUCCAUCAUGCCUGCCUGCGCGCCGCCUCCCGCGCGCUCCUGAGGCAUACCGAGCCCGUGCGGCGUGGCGCCUUUGUGUUUUGUUUCAUCCCAUUGCGAAGCACCGAAGGCAGCGACCCAAAUCCCGCCAGCCUUCUUGCGCAGCCUGCAGGACGGGCCCCAACCCGCCCCCGGUCCAAGAGCCACCCCGCUACCCUUCUCGGAAAUUUUAAAAAAUUUCAGAAAUAAAGUGGAUUUUUCGGCCCAAAAGCGUUAGGGGCAAAAUCCGGCGAAGCCUUGGGUGCAUUGAUUUAGUGCCCUCGCGCCCCCGCGUGGCCCGUCGGCUUCGGGGGGUCGGGGGCGGGGGCGCGCUGCCGCGGCUGGGCGCCCCCCGUCGUUUCGUGUAUUCAGGCAGCCUGCGCGGCUCCUAGCAAGGCCGCUGGUUGGGUGGCCCCCGUCUGUGAUCUGAUCCUCACCCCUUUGCGCCUGUGGCAUGGCCCGCCUCUCUGUCGCGCGCUGGGUCGAUGGCGCUGCUCCUAAGGAGGAGUGAGGGCGCGCUUGCUUGGGUAUGGGCAUGCGCCGCCCUUGCCCGCGUUCAAUCAUUGCGCGCGCCUUGUCGCAACAUAGCUGGAUGGAAGUCGCAAACGCAACGGCCGCGCUCGCAGUCGGCGCGCUCGGGAGAUGCGAACUGCUUUUGCUUGGUCGAGGCCAGUGGCCAGCCCUUGUUUCUGUUCCUUCGUCGCGAAGGAAGCAAGGCUUCCGUCUAUCUCUAUUGUAUGCUUGCUUAACGGCGCAGCGAUUGUGAUCAGGGUUGGUUGUCUGGUGUCUCUGCGUGCGAAUUGAGUCAAUAAUUUCGUCUGAUGUCCGUCGAGCGCGAAGGCCAAUAUUUCAUGUGAUGUCGGCACAGUCCUUACAACUUCAACUGCAAACUCUUGUCUUGGCGAAAAUGUGUUGUAUUUCGUCCCGGCCUGUGGUGAUUAAACUCAGAAUCAGAAAUAAGAAUAACAUGGCGACGGCUUCGAGUCGCUCUAGCUGCCCCAGAAGUAGAUCACAUGUAGAGGGAGAGUCAUCGUAGCAUGUGCUAGCUGCUGUAGUUGCUGUUGCAGCUCAUCGUUGGAAGAUGAGCAGUAAAAUCCGUGGAAUUGUCAUGCUUUAAAGACGUCACGCACAGAUGUUGGAGCGUACGCAUCUGUGCGAUCGUCACGCAUGAGCGCACAAUCGCUUCUGAGUUGGUCGUCGGAGCAAAUCUUGUUUGAGCGAAGCUUCUAUACUUCUGUAUAUACGAAUGCAAUUGCUACCGCUUUCUGCUCUCACAUCGAGAAUAAUUAAAAGAAGCUCUAGCUCACUAGAUUGCUUUGAUCUUCUUCUCCUAAUCAACAAAGACAAUUUGAUACUCCGCUCCCCGGAUAUUUCAUCUCGACCGACAAAAUGACUUCCCCCGGCCCCCCUCCACCGGGCGCCAUGCCCAGCUCUCCGCCGGACGGAACUACUUCCCAGAAAAGAACCGUCAUCCGCUUGCUCGGUGAGGACCAGUGCAUGCUGAGCAAAACGGAGAAGGAAGUGGCGAAACUGGAUUUGCAAUUACACUUGCUAAAAGAACGAGUAGACUUCCUCGACAAAAUUUUGGUGAAGAAACCGGACCAACGAGCGUUGAAAGUCGCCGAGCAGGACGACCAAAGGCCGUUUCUGUCAGAUUUCAUCCAACUACCUAACGGCGUCACCAUUGACAAAUCUGCGGUAUUGAUGUAAUUGCUAUUGCAUCGUGUUCGUGUAGUUGGGCUUGUUCUGGCGAAUUGCAAUUGAUUCCUACUUAUGCGGAGUGCAAUUUCUCAUGCGGAAACAUCAUUGCUGACGCCAUUUGUCUUCGUAAAACACAACCUAAUGCUGCUGAAGAUUGAAUGUCUAUCAUCAAAAACAACAGCUGGCCGAUGACGAGCAGGAGCUCCGGGAAGAAGUCGAACACCAAAAGUCCUUCCCAGAAUUCUACCGCUUCUGGAUAUGCAGUGCAAAAGUAUCGUACUACUAGUAUAAACUGCAUGACAAAUUUUCUCAAGAACAAAAAUGCAAUUUGUAAUGCUGUUUUCCCUUAGAAAAUAGAUCUGUCAUGCAUGGCUGCAAUUAGUAUGUACGAGUGCGAUACUUUUGCACUGGAUACUGGAGUUUUUUCAGCGACAUGCCAUUGCAAAUGGACAACUACGAGGAGAAGGAUCUCUACAAACUACUUCCGGAAGAGCGCCAGCCAGCGUCUGUGGUCAAAGCGAAGGAGCGAUCCGCGGUGUUAGCCGCGCAACGCGAACGAACGCCCUACUACACACCGCCGGUGUCCGCGACGCCGGCAGCCGUGACUGCUCCAGUUCCGGCGCCCGUUGCGGGUGCAGGUGGUGCUUAUCAAAUGCAAAAGUGUCUGGGUCAGGAAGAUUGCGAGAUUUGCAUUUGUCAUGCAUAUUUUCCGUGCCCCAUGAGGUCUGGAAUGCAGGGCCUAGCAUGACAGAUACUGCGAAAUGGUCCCCAUCAUGCCUAUCCUGCAUGAGAAACUGCCGCUCAUGUUGGUCAAAAAAGAACAACUUUUGGUGAUCACGCAACACAGAUUUUUGUGUGAUCCACAGGACGCAUCACAAGUUACAACCUUCCAGACCCAGAC